AUGAUCAACAUUGUACACAUAUUUGUGCCAUUGGUUCUACUCUUGUCCAACCAGGUGUUUGCCAGUAGGACAUGCGACACCUUACGAUACGGAUCACCGGAGUCCGCCGGGAUGUUGGCAAAACCACUGCAGGACAUGGUGGCCAAUAUGACAGCAUUCACACAAAGUCGCAAUUGGGGAGCGGCAACCCAUCAAAAAGUGCUACCUGUCGAACCAGGCGGCACAACGCUCAUCGCGCGUAACGGCAUCAUAGUCAGUCACUUUGCCUUUGGGAAGCGAAGUCUCUGGGCCAGUGUCAAUGGCUAUAAUGGCACCGAAUUGCCCAUUGAUAAGCAGGAAGCGACUACCAAAGAUACCAUAUACGACAUGGCUAGUUUAACCAAGAUGUUCACCACCGUCGCAGCGCUGCGGUGCAUCGAUCGCCGACAGCUCACUCUGAACGGCACUGUCGCAUCAUGGCUGUCUAGCUUUGCGGUCAAUGGCAAAGAAAACAUCACAUUGCAGCAGCUCCUCACUCACACAAGCGGCUUGCAACCUGACCCAAUGCCUGGCCUGUGGUCGGGCACCUAUCCCACGUACGCGGAAAAGGUCAAUGCUAUUCUCAACCAGACACUGCAAUACACCCCGGGAUCGCGAUUUGUGUAUUCGGACCUCAAUUUCAUGACACUAAUGCUUGUCAUCGAAACAGUUACAAGGAAGCCGCUGGACGAAAAUAUUCGCGAGUAUACAUCGGCAAUGGGCAUGAAGGACACCUUCUUCAACCGCAACAAUGUUGAAGAUAUAAGACAAAAGCCCCGAAUGGCGGUGCAAGAGUUCCAGAUAGAUGUCCUCGGCCCUGAUGAACCCAAGAGACCACAGCCUAUCCGAGGAACUGUCCAUGAUGAGAAUGCGUGGGCUUUGAAUGGAGUGUCCGGUCAUGCUGGUCUCUUUUCCACGGCGCUCGAUACGGCGCGCUUUUGCCAAAUGAUUCUCAAUAAUGGCUCUUAUGCUGGCCACCAGAUUCUUUCCAAGGAAUCUGUCGAUAUGAUCUUCACAAAUUACAACGCAAGAUUUGGGGAUGGCUAUGGCCACGGCGCUGGCUUCGAACUCGACCAGUACUACACUGCUGGGCCAAUGGCAAACUUACAGGCCGCAAGCCACACUGGCUUCACAGGAACCUCUAUGGUCAUUGAUAGAGCUAGUGGUACCCUAUUUAUUCAUAUGGCGUCUCGCGUUCAUCCUUCUCGCAAUUGGAGCAGCAACAAUAUCGUUAGAGAGACGGUUGGCGCCUGGGUAGCUACGGCGUUGGGCAGGAAGGUAAAAUUCCCUUUCUGA